AUAUUAAAAUUAAUUUUUUUUAAAUUAAAUAAACUUCAAAUAUAAUUUCUCUUUAAGUUUAAAAAUAUUGAAUCCAUUUUAUUCAAAUAUAUUAUUUAAAUAAAUAAUAAAAAAAAGAAAGUGUAUUGACCCAAAUUUUAUCUUUCACGAGCCAAUACGCUGUUUUUAGCAAAUUCACUCAUCACUCGAAUCCUGCACUAGAGAAAUCAAUUCCAGUCCAGAGAAAAGAGGAAUCUGACAAAAAGAGAAUGGGGAGGAAGAAGGGAGUAGAGUUCGAUGAAGGAGCACCUGAUGACUUCGACCCGAAUAACCCGUACAAGGACCCGGUUGCUUUCUUUGAAAUGAGAGAGCAUUUGGUGAGAGAGAAGUGGGUGGACAUUGAAAAAGCGAAGAUCCUUCGUGAAAAGCUUCGUUGGUGCUACCGUAUUGAAGGUGUUAAUCACCUUCAGAAGUGCCGCCAUCUUGUCCAGCAGUACCUUGAUGCAACCCGUGGUGUCGGGUGGGGCAAAGACCUUCGUCCUCCCUUUAUGCACGGGCCCAAGGUUGCAGCUGUCGACUCAGAAUGAUUAGGCCUAUUUAUCUCAGGUUCAUGUUUCCAGUUGAAAGUAUUAACUUCAGAGUUUGUUGGGCUUACCAACUGGUGAAUUUCAAUUAAUCACUUCUUCUGUAAUUCACUUCUUAAGACUUGAUUUUUUCGUUUCGUAUCAUGUGAGACAACAAUGGUUUGCAAUGAAUUUUAACUACAGCCUCGUACUUUUUUUCUUUUGAGGGAACAAUGUUUCAUAGUGGAAAUAAAUGAAAAAACGGUCUUCCUUAUUGGUC